UCUCUUUGUGCUCUUUAUUUUUCACAUUCGACAGACUCCUCUGCAAGAAACCUCAACUCUCUCUCUCUCUUUCUCUCACUCUGUGUGAAACGCUCUCGUUUUGAACCAUCCAGGGUUAUUUUUUGUCCAAGACAUUAUGGGGGAUAGCCAGUACUCAUUUUCUCUCACCACUUUCAGUCCUUCUGGGAAGCUUGUCCAGAUUGAACAUGCUCUAACAGCUGUGGGAUCUGGUCAAACAUCUUUAGGAAUUAAAGCUGCUAAUGGUGUUGUCAUUGCAACAGAGAAGAAACUACCAUCUAUCUUAGUUGAUGAAACAUCUGUUCAGAAAAUUCAAUUAUUAACACCAAACAUUGGAGUUGUUUACAGUGGCAUGGGUCCUGACUUUCGAGUUCUGGUACGAAAAAGUAGAAAGCAGGCAGAGCAAUACCACCGCUUAUACAAAGAGCCCAUCCCUGUUACACAGCUUGUAAGGGAAAUUGCUGCUGUUAUGCAGGAGUUCACUCAGUCUGGUGGCGUUCGUCCUUUUGGAGUUUCACUACUGGUUGCUGGGUUUGACGACAAAGGCCCACAAUUGUAUCAGGUGGAUCCAUCAGGUUCAUAUUUUUCUUGGAAAGCUUCUGCAAUGGGGAAAAAUGUCUCUAAUGCAAAGACAUUUCUUGAAAAGAGGUAUACAGAUGAUAUGGAGCUUGAUGAUGCUGUCCACACUUCAAUAUUAACCUUGAAGGAAGGGUUUGAGGGACAAAUCUCUAGCAAAAACAUUGAGAUUGGCAUAAUUGGUACAGACAAAAAGUUCAGAGUACUAACACCGGCUGAAAUUGAUGAUUACUUGGCUGAAGUGGAGUAGUUCAUUUUCCUUUAAUUAAGAAACUGGGGAGAACUUUUAUUACAGGGCUAUGACUGGUUUGCGUUAUACGAUUUAUACUGGUCCUUGUUACAGCAAAAUGCCUUGUUUGUCAUGAUGAUCUGCUUAAUUAUGUUUGUACACUCUUCCCCCCCUUUCUUCUCUCUCUCUCUCUGGUGCAAGUGGUAGUGGUACUUAUUGUAUGAUUUUGUUGACUUAAAUUACUAUUUGAUAUCACUUUAGUAA